UUAAAAACUCCAACAGAAUAAUUCCUAACUGGAUGGUAGCAUCUUCCUAUAUUAUAACCCACCCUAUUAUUAUUGUUGUUGUUACAAGUUGCAACUCACAACCAAACAGCGAUCGGCGUACGUCACUGCUUACGACAGCGAUAUUUCGCCCGCGAAAGUCGGUUUACCCUACCCGACCACCACUAUAUAUAACCUCACCUCCACCGAUCUUAUAUUCCACAAAUCAAACACCUUUAUUUUUCCUAUCAAUCGUUCCAAUCUCAAGUUCUCCAAAA